GGCAACAGAGUGAAAUCCCAUCUCUUAAAAAGAAAUUACAAAUGAAUAGACACAUAGCUUUCCCCAAAGACUGGCCAGAUGAAUGCGCCACACGGACCGAGGAGGCACACUGCAAAGAGGCCCCGUGGUCCAGGUUGCUUGGAGAGGCUUUGGGGAAGUGCGACUCAUUUCUUCUCCCUUCCACCCGUGGGGAGGAUUGGAGACAGGUGUUUGGACGGACACACUAAGGGCCGCGAUUGUGAACUUCACGGCAUCCACUCACGGGCGGCUUACUGUGCACUAGGCAGGGUUCAAAGCACCUUUGUGAAAAUCGUCUCGUUUAGUCCCUGCAGAGGGCCAUGACAUACGACUUAUUGUCAUCAGUGUCCGUUAAGGAGACAAGAUGAAGGGAGUAAUUUGCCCCAAGUGACCUCGCUGGUGUGUGUGUGUGUGUGUGUGUGUGUGUGUGAGAAGGUGUCUGUCUCUGUCCCAGAGGCAGAUGCCGUGAGAACGGGGACUCUUGCUCCCAUUCCCUGGAUCUGAACCUGGCGUGCAGCUGUGCUCAAGUAUGUGGGUGAGUAAUGAAGGCCCAUUUCAGGUCCUGAGGGGCACACAUCCAAGUUCCUGUGUGUCUCUGGUCCUCCAAGGAAGGCCCAGCUGGUGGACGUGGGCCUUCUUCCAAGGCCACCCUCUUCAAUGAUAGGCCUCAUGGCCUUCUUCCAUGUCCAGGAGAGAACCUGGGUCCCCUCUGCUGUCUUUAAGUUGGUUUUCUAGUUGGACUCAACCUCGGUUGCCUUAUCCCGCUGCUGGGCUGCCCCCGCCUAUGGUCCCUGUCUCAAUAAACAGCACCCCCAUUUGUUUCUCCAGGGGUAGAGGCAAAAACCUUAGGUCAUCUUUGCCUGCAUGCUUUUUUCUGAUACCCCUGUAUCUGCGGAGACAGGGGCUUUCCCAUCACUAUCACUGCAGCGUCCCUGAGGGCCAUAGCAGCACCUGAGCUCCUUGCCAACCCUUCACCAGUCAGGUUACAGAAUGAAUGAGGCGUGUGCGACCCCCCAGCCCUGGCCUCAGGCUCUUUGUCUCACCCCUGCCUCCCUCAGCCAGAGUCACACAGUGAGCCUCAGGGAGCCCAGGCACCAGGGCCAGCCAGGGAGGGCACCGACUGUCCCUGAGUUUGUGCCUUUUGGGAAAUCUUUGUCAAUCAGUUAAAAGGUGGGGGUUCGUGAGAGAUAACAGUCAAUGGGCACUCGCUGUGGCUGGACACUGUUCUAAGUGUUUAUGUGCAUUAUUUCUUUUAGUAUCUAAAAUAGGUACUAUUGUGUCUUGUUUUAUUGAGGGAAAUGGAUGCAAAGAGCCGGAAAGUAACUUGCGCCAUGUCACACAGCUCCAAGUGGUUGAAUCAGGAUUUCAAGUUGGGGGGCUCGACUCCACAGCCGGUCCCGGCGGCCUCUGCAGACUGCGUCCUCCCGGUUCUCCGCGUGUCUGAGCAGAACGUGCGCAUCGACCCCAGCAGCCUGUCCUUUAACAUGUGGAAGGAGAUCCCAAUCCCCUUCUAUCUCUCCGUCUACUUCUUUAACGUCAUGAACCCCAGCGAGAUCCUGAAGGGCGAGAAGCCGCAGGUGCAGGAGCGCGGGCCCUACGUGUACAGGGAGUUCAGGCACAAGACCAACAUCACCUUCAACAACAAUGACACCGUGUCCUUCCUCGAGUACCGCACCUUCCAGUUCGAGCCCUCCAAGUCCCACGGCUCGGAGAGUGACUACAUCGUCAUGCCCAACAUCCUGGUCUUGGGUGCGGCGGUGAUGAUGGAGAAUAAGCCCAUGACCCUGAAGCUCAUCAUGACCUUGGCAUUCACCACCCUCGGCGAACGUGCCUUCAUGAACCGCACUGUGGGGGAGAUCAUGUGGGGCUACCAGGACCCCCUUGUGAACCUCAUCAACAAGUACUUUCCAGGCAUGUUCCCCUUCAAGGACAAGUUCGGAUUAUUUGCUGAGCUCAACAACUCCGACUCUGGGCUCUUCACGGUGUUCACGGGGGUCCAGAACAUCAGCAGGAUCCACCUCGUGGACAAGUGGAACGGGCUGAGCAAGGUUGACUUCUGGCAUUCCGAUCAGUGCAACAUGAUCAAUGGAACUGCUGGGCAAAUGUGGCCGCCCUUCAUGACUCCUGAGUCCUCGCUGGAGUUCUACAGCCCUGAGGCCUGCCGGUCCAUGAAGCUAAUGUACAAGGAGCCAGGGGUGUUUGAAGGCAUCCCCACCUAUCGCUUCGUGGCUCCCAAAACCCUGUUUGCCAAUGGGUCCAUCUACCCACCCAACGAAGGCUUCUGCCCGUGCCUGGAGUCUGGAAUUCAGAACGUCAGCACCUGCAGGUUCAGUGCCCCCUUGUUUCUCUCCCAUCCUCACUUCCUCAACGCGGACCCGGUCCUGGCAGAAGCGGUGACUGGCCUGCACCCUAACCAGGAGGCACACUCCUUGUUCCUGGACAUCCACCCGGUCACAGGAAUCCCCAUGAACUGCUCUGUGAAACUGCAGCUGAGCCUCUACAUGAAAUCUAUCGCAGGCAUUGGACAAACUGGGAAGAUUGAGCCGGUGGUCCUGCCGCUGCUUUGGUUUGCAGAGAGCGGGGCCAUGGAGGGGGAGACGCUUCACACAUUCUACACCCAGCUGGUGUUGAUGCCCAAGGUGAUGCACUAUGCCCAGUACGUCCUCCUGGCGCUGGGCUGCGUCCUGCUGCUGGUCCCUGUCAUCUGCCAAAUCCGGAGCAAAGUAGGUGCUGGCCAGAGUGUGGCCCGGGCUGACAGCUAUUCGCUUGCCUGCUGGGGGAAGGGGGCCUCAGAUCGGACCCUCUGGCCAACCGCAGCCUGGAGCCCACCUCCAGCAGCAGUCCUGCUUCUGUGCUGGAGUGGGAGCGGUCACCGCUGGGGGCUGCGCUGCAGGCUUGCGUCUUUUGCAUGCCGCGUUGCCACUACUCUGCCUGUUCUGGAAGGCCUGGGACCCUCCCUUGGAGGGGGUGCAGGUGGGCUUUGAGUAAUGAGACCUGGUAUUCGCAUCGUUCAUUCAUCAAGUCAGCACCCAGGAAGCCAGGUUCUGUUAGGGGCAAGGGGACGCACAGCAGUGGAGGAGAUAGCUGAGGAGCCUGCUCAGGGGGAUUAAGGAGGGCUGGCAUUCCAGCCAGGGAGACAGAUGAAAACCAAUAAAUCAGCAAAAAAGAUAAUUACACCCAUGAUAGGAAAUGUGAGGGGCUAGAGCCAUGGUGUCAAAUAGAAAUACAGUGUGAGCCACGUGUGAAGUUUUCAGAUUAAAUUUUCUAAUAGCCAUUUAACAGUCCAAGGGAACAGGUGGAAUUAAUUUUAAUUUUAUUUAACCCAAAUAUAUGCAAAAUAUUAUCACUUCAACAUGUAAUCAGUAUAAAGGAUGUCAAUAUUUUUGCAGUUUUUUUGCAUGAAGUCUUUGAAAUCCUGUGUGUAUGGUACAUGUGCAGCAGGUCUCAAUUUGGACUGGCUCCGUUUCAAGGGCUCACCAGCCAAAUGCAGCUCCCAGACUGGACAGUGCAUGUCUGGGGCAAGUGGGGACAAGGACAGAUGGAGGUCCAGAAAGGCGUCUCUGAAGAAGUAGAUAGUGAGCUUUGAAGUGGAGGCCAGGGAGGCGUUCAGCACACAGCCACAGGAGGAAUGCUGCCUGGAGCGGCCCCUGUAAAGGCCCUGCGGCAGGGACAGGCAGGGCACAUCGGAGGGUCAGGCAGGGCCAGGGUGGCUGGAGGGGAGAGAGGGCAGGGACAUAGGUAGGGGGUGGUGUCUGAGAGUGGACAGGGCAGGCCACCCAGGGCCUUGUGGUGCAGAGUGAGCAGUCUGGAACUGACUCUGGGAGUGACAGAGCCAUUGGAGGCUUUUAAAGAGGGGAAUCACUAGGUCAGCUGCUGGCUGGCAAGUGGGCCCUGGGCUGGGAGGGAUGGAAGCCUGGGCCCAGCGGGGAGGCCCCAGUAGGUGAGGAAGUCAGUGGCUCGAACAGGAUGGGGCAGCUGCUAUCAGGAGAGAACGGAAAUGGGGGGAAGAGCUCCAGCCCUGGGCUUCAGAUCUCCGGAAGCAGCAAGAAGAGGGGAGACCUCCUUGCUUCGGGGUCAUUUAUUUAUUCAUUCAUGGCAUUCACUGCAAGGUCCUUUGCACAGGUCAGGGGAUGCAGAAAUGACCAGAACAUGAGAUCGGCAGCAGAGAUGGGCAAGGCAGACCUUUAGGCAAGUUAUUACAGUCACACGAAGGACAGGAGAGCUGUGAUCACAGAGCUCAAGGGGCAGUGGAGAUGGGCGAGCAGCUGCCAUGGCAGGGGAGGGGAGGCUGCCCACUGGCAGGCAUCAGGAAAGGCUGUUUUUGGAUGCAUGGAGCAGAAAGCCACUCUCUGAGGUGGCCCCCACCUGCAUCAUCCUAGGGCCACAGGCCGAGGCCUUCUGGGGGCCUUGGGGCCGCCCCGCUGCUCUGCUGGUCCUGACUCCUCUGCAGUACCUGCUUCCUUUAGCACUGGUGAAUGCUUCUUCCUCUUCCCCUCUCUCAGGGAACGCUUGACUGCUUCCUUGCUUGCCUGCUGGGUGAGAAUAAAGCAUUCUUGGUUCUUCACCUUGGCUUUCAGACCUGAAACCCGACUUCCUUUCAAAAUUCCUGUCCUCAGGGGGAAAAGGUUUCCACAAUGUGAGGUGGUAGCCUGGACACCAGCUGUCAUCCUGUUGCUGCUGUAGCGUUUGAGCUCCUGAUGAUCAAUGAUCAUUGGGUCCAACCAGCCCUUUUGGGAGUCCCCUUCUCUGUUACUGCCCCGGGGCAGCCAGGACCCAGCAGGGCUGUGACUCCAGCGAGCAAAAGGGAACUCCCUCCAGUUAUUAGACUGAAUUACGUAGAGAGGAGAGAAGGAAUCAGAACCCACGCUCCCAGACCAUGAAUACCUCCCUGUGGCAGAGCAUCACCGUGGGUGUCCACAGGCGAGGACGCACAGCCAUGUGAGGGGGUC